CUCCCUAUUUUCUCCUCAAACACUCUUUCCAUUCUUCACCACUCCAUCCCAGCCUCACUAUUUCCUGCAGCCAUUAUGGGAACCCAAGCUCAACCUGAUCAAUAUUACGUCGACAACAACAACACUAACGGCGACAAGGUUGACACCAGAACUGAAAGAGAGAAACAAAUAGAUGAAUGGCUUCCCAUCACUUCCUCAAGGAAUGCAAAAUGGUGGUACUCUGCAUUCCACAACGUUACCGCCAUGGUUGGAGCCGGAGUUCUUGGUCUCCCUUAUGCUCUAGCCCAUCUUGGAUGGGGCCCUGGAUUAACGGUACUAUUCGGAUCAUGGAUUGUAACCGUAUACACAUUAUGGCAAAUGGUUGAGAUGCAUGAAACCAUACCCGGAAAACGCUUUGACAGAUACCAUGAGCUAGGCCAGCAUGCUUUUGGGAAAAAACUUGGUCUGUUUAUAAUAGUUCCACAGCAGUUGAUUGUUGAAGUUGGUUGCGACAUCGUGUAUAUGGUCACUGGCGGUCAAUCACUCAAGAAGGUUCAUGAAUUGCUUUGUGAUGACUGCACUAGCCUUCGGCUCACUUACUGGAUCAUGAUCUUCGCUUCUGUCCACUUUUUACUUUCUCAUUGCCCCAACUUCAAUUCCAUCACCAUUAUCUCUUUGGCUGCAGCAGUUAUGUCCAUCAGUUACUCUACAAUCGCAUGGGUGGCUUCAGUGGACAGGGGUGUGCAACCAGACAUCGAUUACAGCAUAGGAUACAAAGAAACUACCCAAGCGGGGACAGUAUUAAGCUUCUUUAAUGGACUGGGUGCAAUGGCUUUUGCGUACGCCGGUCACAAUGUAGUGUUGGAAAUUCAAGCCACCAUUCCUUCAACGCCAGAAAAGCCUUCAAAGGGACCCAUGUGGAAAGGAGUGGUUGUUGCCUACAUAGUGGUGGCCAUAUGCUACUUCCCUGUUGCCAUUUCCGGGUAUUGGGCAUAUGGAAACCGCGUCUCGGAUAAUGUCUUGAUCUCUUUAGAAAAGCCCGUGUGGCUCAUUGCAGCGGCAAAUGUGUUUGUGGUGAUUCAUGUUAUCGGAAGCUAUCAGGUUUAUGCAAUGCCAGUAUUUGAUAUGAUAGAAACCCUGCUGGUCAAGAAAAUGAACUUCAAACCGACUUUUAUGCUUCGCUUCAUCACUAGGAACCUAUAUGUUGCAUUUACAAUGAUGUUUGGCAUUUGUGUCCCAUUUUUUGGUGGACUUCUAGGAUUCUUCGGAGGAUUCGCCUUCGCCCCAACAACAUAUUUCAUACCUUGCGUCUGUUGGCUUAUAAUCCAUAAACCAAAGGUUGGGAGCUUAUCCUGGAUUAUUAAUUGGAUAUGCAUUAUAUUGGGAGUUUGUUUGAUGGUGGUGUCGCCUAUAGGGGGAUUAAGGCAGAUCAUUCUUGAUGCCAAACAUUAUAAAUCUUUUAGUUAAGUUUGAGAUCUUAGUAGAUCACACAGGCUGAGGUUUCGUACCAGUUUUAAAAAAAGUCGAAGUAGCCUGUGGUGAUAUGAUCUCUUUUAUUAUUUGAAGACGUUACGAUGUUUAGAUUAGAAAUUAUGGGAUUUCAAAGCCUUUCCUUUUGUUACGAUGUUUAGAUUAGAAUUUAUGGGAUUUCAAAGCGUUUCCUUUUGUUCAUUUCUACUUCCAAAGUGAGGUUAUUUGUGUGCA